AUGUCGGAUGUGCAAGUAUCGGUGGUGCUGUCCCCCGUCAACUUCGAUGCCAAAGUUUCCCUCGUCCGCUCGUUCACCCUCUCUACCUCCGAACCAUCUAUCGAGAUCGGACGCUGCUCAAAGCGUGGGCUCAGGAACCGCACCCCCGCCAAGGAUAAUGCGUGGUUUGACUCCCGGGUCAUGUCUCGGGAUCAUGCUGAGCUGAGCAUCUCCCUGGAAACAAAGAAUCUCUACAUCUGCGAUUAUGGAUCGACUCAUGGAACGUGGAUCAACAAAUCGAGGCUGAUUACUGGCGAGAAGAUGCCGCUUAUUCAUGGCGAUAUCCUGACCUUUGGUGUACCCGUGGACCGUGAAGAUGAAACGUAUCCCGCUCUGGCCGUCAGGUGUAAAUUUGACUGGAUCUAUGAAGGGCCUACCAGCGACGAAGUUUCGGUGAACCAUAGCGUUGCUGAACCUAUCACACCUCCCGCCUCGAAGCUCAGACCCUCCACAUCCACCAACACCUUUUGUGCUCCCGAGGAUGACAGUGAUGUGGAAGAACCUAUCAAGAUCACGGCGGCCAUGAUGCAAAGAAACUUCUCUCACCCGUCGGAGCCAAUCUGUGUGAUUGAGGACGAGGAAACUGUGCUUGAGACCGUGCACGAGGAGCGACACAUGAAAGAGGAGUCAAAGGCUUCGGGAGAUCCAUGCUUUUAUCACGAAGACGAAGUCCUUGGACACCAGUCCGAUGAUUCUACAAGCCCUAAUGACGAGCAGGGAUCGGAACUCGAGUCAUCAGAGCCCUCUUCGUUCAUUAACAGCAACGAUGGUGCCAAUUCCAAUGCCGCCGGCCUUGAGGAAACCGGAUACUAUGAGUACGAACAAUUCUCCGAGGAGGACUGCGAGUCCGAUUCCGUCUCAGACUCGGAGGCUCAGUCUGGGAAUGAAUAUUCAGUCAAUGAUGAUUCCUACGAUGACGAAGAAGCUUACAUCAAUGACAAUGCCUUCGUCGAUCCCAGUAUGCUGUUACGGGAAAAGAUGCGUGAGGAUGCGUUCAUCAGUUCUGUGCAGUCCGGCAUCAGUUCUGUGCAGUCCGGCCUUCAGGACGCCGGCCUUCAGGUCAAGCCCGAGGCGACCGAGUCCAAGUCUAGCGUUCCCACAACCAAUGUCCCAUUCCACGCAGAGUAUAAUUUCCAGGGGCCUUCUUUCCAACCUCCUCCCAUUUCGGCUUACGAUGUCAACCCGUGGAGACUGCCUAACAACUUCCCCCCUUCGCUUCACACGCCUUACCCGCGUUUUGAUUACGCUGAUGGGCCCUUUUCAUACAAGUACGGCUCCGUCUACGCCCAAAACAACGUUGACAGCAAUCCAUCAAGCUCUCUGAAAGAGCCAAGCCCGGUCAAGGAGUUCAGCCCUGCUCUUGCUCCAGUCUCCCUGAAGCGAAAGGCUUCUGAUAUGGAAACCCAGGAUGCGCAACAGCCCGAGGCGGUGAUCCCUGCCUCUCAGCCGGAUCUCAACAGCUUUCCAAACGCCGAAGUUGUUGAUGCCAUCAGUUCAGCGCUUUCGGAGAGUGAGCCUUCAAAUAAGCGAGCCAAGUCAUCACACUCCACGUCCACGGCAAUGGCUGGCUACACCGCCACGGCUGUAAUCAGUGCCCUUCUCGGAGGGCUGGGUACCAUCGCUCUUCUGGCAGCGCUGCCCGCAGAAUACUUCCAGUAA